GAUUAGAUGAAUAGCCUUUCUUCAUCUUCGUCUCGAUGCUCUUCUUGAAUGAAUAUUGUGUAUGAUCCUUCUCAAAAAUAAGCCGCAUUAUCUUCUAAUAUCCACGGCAAUCUCUCUGCUGGUCGUCGUGCUAUUUGUGUUAGUCUGUUUGCGUCGUGGAGGCAUUUGGGUGUUUCGGGUACCACGUUUGAGACUGUGCUGUUGCAACGGUAGAAAGCAUGGCGAUGGAGAUGUUGAGAUCCGCAUUGAUCGCAGCAUCGUGCCCGACCUGGGACAACGGUUUGCUUAUAAGUUAUGGCAUCGGCAGGAUGAAAUGUCUGCAUAGAUGCAAUCAAUUUCUUUCUUUGAAGUGCAGUAGUUUCUUGAAUUCUAAGGCGAAUGCGAAUGUCGUGCACGGACUUCCGAGGAAAUGUUUUAAAAAUGGAAGAUCAAAGUAGUUCACCUUCUUAUUCCGUCUAUCUUGCAAGCAAUAUUUGAAUGGUGGAUCAUGGACCCUGGCGUUCCGGUUCCGAUUGGGACUUCCAAUUUUUCCUCCUCUAAGUCACUCCACAUCACCGUAUCCGCCACAGAACGAAGAAGGCUUGCCAGAGAAGGAGGAAGGCUCACCACUUCGACACCAGGAUCGCGAAGAAGAGGAAGAGACCACCUUGUUGGGCAGAUUGUGGGAAUGA